AUGAGCAAUAGCAAAAUGGAUUUGAUUGAUCAUGAAUACAUGAUCUCCAUGUUCCCUAAAUACUUAUUAAAGCAACCAAUAGGGCACGAUUUAUGGAAACUAUACUACCAGCACAAGAAGCUAUUUCAUAAAUUGAAGACUAAAGAUGAGUUGUUGAGUGCGGAUGCUGACUGUUCCGGUUCUGUUUCGUUUCAAAGUCUGAAGACACCAAAUCGAUUGAGUGCUGCUACAAGGAAAGAAAUAUGGGAAAAACUAUCGCAACUAGGGGUUCUAGGAACAAUUCCGUAUGAUUCUGUCUCCGACGAUUAUUUGAUACAAGUGCACAAAUAUUUUUACGCAAGAGAUGACAUCUCAAAUACAACAGACGGCGACGGUGAUGUUGAUAUGAGAAAAUCUGUCAUGACUGAGGAAGACUUCCUUGGAAGCAUGCUUCCCGAUUCUGAAGCGGAUGAAGAGGAUGACGAAAUCGACGACGAUAAUGACCUUGAGGAUGAUGAUGACGAUGAGGAUGGAAAUGACCCUGAAGAUGACGAUGAUGAUGAGUUAGAUGAUGAAGAUGAAGAUGAAAACGAUGAACAAGAUUCGCCAGAUCACCCUAGACGUCUAAAUGAAUCUACUGUACAAAUUGAGCAAUCUAGAGGUAGUACAACAGGAUUUGAAAACCCAAUAGGAACGUCUGAUGCAGAAAAUAUUGAGAAUGCAGAAGUGGACCGGAGCAAGCAUAAGCAUAAAAUAGUAUAUUAUCCGGAAUCUAAGGAAUCUAAACACACUGUACAACUUAAGUCAAACCCUGUACCGGGUGAAAUAUACAAGACUUUGGGUUAUCCAUUACCACAUAAAUGGUUGCUACAAUCUGACAACAGUAUCUUACUGUCACAAGAUGGAUGUGCUGUGCUUAGGGUGAAUCCUAACUGGCAUGCACUAUCCUCAUAUGGGAGAGCCAGCCCAAUAAUGAACAGUCGACUAAGAGUUAACAUAAACUCUAAGAAAAAACAGCAAUGGGCCACUACCUGGGCAAAUAAUGGUGUGAAUCAUACCAAGUGUGCCAUAUUCUACUUCGAAAUACGAGUGUUAUCUGUUACCAGUUCACAAGCUGGGAGGAAUAGCCAUGUAUUAGUCGGUUUUAAGAAUUGGGCGAAGAUUAAUGACAAAUUGUCAACUUCUGAACAAGAUACGACCGAGAGUGGAUCAGCACCAUCAUCUGAGAAUUUUAACAUGUUACGUAAUGUGUUAGAUGGGAAUCGAAAUGUCCUGAAUUCUCCAUCCUCUCCCUCACAAACCAUUCAUGGGGAUGUAGAAACAUACUCUUACUCUGGCUUAGACGGCAACAAAUUUGAUGCUUCAGGAAGUCAAAAAUAUUCAAGACCCUUCGGUAAUGAUGAUAUUGUAGGGUGUGGUGUUAACUUCAUAGAAGGUUCAAUAUUCUUUACAAAGAAUGGCAUUUUCUUAGGAAAUGCGUUUGAGGAUUGUUUCGAUAUAGAUUUGGUACCAUUUGUUUCAAUAAAGUCAGGUAACUCCCUUAGGACAAAUUUUGGUUUAACGGAAGAGUUCCUGUUUGAUAUAGAUCAAUAUCAAUUGCAAUGGAAGUAUAAAACGUACUCACAUAUUUUCAAAGCUGUUGAUUACGAUUCAGGACUUAAUUUGGUUAGCGACGAAUCCGACAAUGAAGAUUUAGGUAAAUUAGGUGAUGAAAUCAAUGAUACUCUGGAACCAGAAUUUCAAGAAGUGGCGUCGGAAGAAAACGAUCUUGCUACGGAUGGGUUUGAAGAUGACCAACCAGAUGGUUUCUUGUUGACCCGCGAUAGGAGAUUCAGUGGUGACAAGCUAUGGAAACCCACAACUCCGAAGUUAAACAACAUAAACUCGAAUAAUGAUUCUAUUCCUUGUCAGCUUAACUCAAUGAUCAAUGAUUACCUAAUUCAUGAAGGUUACAUUGAUGUAGCUAAAGGAUUCCUUAAGGACCUACAACGUGAUUGUAUUCCAAACAAUUCGGACGAGAGAGCCCGCUUUGUCAUAAGGCAUAAUGAGCGACAGAUUGUGAAAGAAGAACAAAACUUACAAGUGCGUCAGACCAUACGAAGAUAUAUACACGACGGUGAAAUACUUAAGUGCAUGAAUUACAUUGAACAGCAGUUCCCAGGUUUAUUGGAAAAAUACCUAGAGUUAACUUUCGAAAUGAAAUGCGCUGACUAUUUACUAUGCCUUUCUCAACAAUCACCCGAAAAUGAUAUGAUUGAUAGCAUUUUAAGCAAGGGACAAGAUAUUUCCGAGCAAUUUCUACAAAAUCGAGCAAUUUCUGAUGAUACCAGAGAAAUAUUCAAAGCAAAAUUCGAUGAAAUAUCACCUUUGAUGGCAUAUUCCAACCCUUCAAAGGAAUGUGCGAAUGAUUGUUCCUUUUUCCUAACACCAGCAUAUCUUCAGGAGCGGCUUUUCCAAACCAUUAAUUCACACAUACUACAAUAUUUGGAUAAGAAAAGCCAAAGCUCACUUGAGAGUAUGAUUGGAUACACCAGAGCCAUGGUGACUACACUGAUGGAAAACGAGUCUUAUAAUCCACGGGAAAAAGAGCCUGCAUAUCAUAAGUUAGUUAAUAUUGACGAGGAUUUAUUGAAAUUAUGA